AGAGAGAGAGAGAGAGAGAGAGAGAGAGAGAGAGAGAAAAGACGAGUGAAAAAAAUAAGAUUUAAAGGGCACGCAUUGUCAAUUCGUCAAUAUUGUCAUGACUCGAUCGAUUGAUACGCCUAUAAUCGUAGCUCCAAUAUUAAAUGGCUGUAUGAAAAUGAGAGAGAGAGAGAGAGAGAGAGAGAAAGAGAGAGAGAGAGAGAGAGAGAGAAAGAGAAAGAGAGAGAAGGAACAGAACACGUUAUUGAUACAAUUGAGUACGAUCUUUAUGCUUAUGAUUAUGGUUAUUGUAUUAAUUAAUUGAUUAUCAUUAUAAAUUACCAUUAACAGAACGAAAGUAGGAAUAAACCUGACAGCAUCAAGGAAGGAAGAAAAUGAGGAAGAAAUAAAAUAUAAAAAAAAAAGAAAAUUACAAAUAAAAAAAAAAAGAAAAAAGAAAAAAAAAAGAAAGGUAACACUUAUAUUAUUGUACAUACUUACUUGUAACUGCUAUUCGUAUUGCAGAGGUUUUUGUUCUCUCAACGAAUGAUUUCCUCGUUUCUCUGCGGAAAGGAAAGGAGAAACAAACAAACAAACAAACAAAAAAAAGAAAACAAAACAAAAAGAAAACGUGAAUAAAAUAAAAUUUGUGUAUCAUUAAGCGACACCGUAACCCUUGUCACUACUUUUUUUCAUGCGUAGGAAGAAGAGUGGGGUGGGGAUGAUGGUGGGGGGUGAGAGAGAGAGAGAGAGAGAGAGAGAGAGAGAGAGAGAGAGCAACUAAAAAAGGAAGAGCAGAAAAGAUGGCCGACAACGGAUAGUAAUAGUCUCUAUGUAUUUCCUAACCUCGCGUUAUAAAGUUGUUACUCUAAAUCCUUCGGCGGUAUAUAAAAGUCCAGCUUACUUUACUAGAAACCGGGACCGUCGGAGAGACACUUUACAUUUACGUAAUAUUGACGUAAGAAAAAGUAUUUUAAAAGGUUGCAUAAAUCGGGGUCAUAACUCGUGUCCUCGAGUAAAUUUUUUUCCAAUAAGACGACGUGGCGCCAUCUCGCGGCAAAGCAUUCGAAGUAGAGUAUUGAUCUCUCUUCGAUGUAACAAAAGUUAUAUCUGUGUGUAUGUAGUAUUUUGCGAGUUAUACGUAGGUAGUAAGUUGUAUCUGCCUGUAAAUCAUGCACUUUUAAAUUGAAAGCUUUCACGAUAGGGAAAGAGAUGAGAGGUGGGAAAAAGUUUUGAGAUUUGCAUUUGCAGCUAAGUGAUAUACCGACGGACGAGGUUAAUGCAUAAAUCCGAUUCGUAUUUUUAUUAUUUCGAGAUCUAUUUUUUGUAUCAUCUAAAAAGAAAAAGAUUAGAACAUUCGCUUUUCGUCUUAAUUAUGUUUCCUUCAAAAGGAAGAAUGAAAACGUUGCCAAUGGAAACAAAUGGAAAAGAAAAAGAGAAACAAAACGUAUACAACUUGUUGACGCGCGUUCAAAGAGAGGAUGCGUAUGUUCGAUUAAACAAGAGACUGAAGGUCAUUUGAUAUCAAAAUGCAAUGACAAGAAAUAGCAAGAGAUCAUUUACAUCGAAUGGGUCAUCAUGUAGUGGUCGGUGGAAUUAUAUCGCCGGUUCAUGAUGCGUAUGCAAAGAAAGAACUUGCAUCAGCGACCCAUAGAUGCUCUAUGCUGCGCUUAGCGUUGCAAGACAGUGAUUGGAUUAAACUUUGUACUUGGGAAACCAGACAAAGCGCCUGGACGAGAACUAGAAAAUCUCUUCAGUACCAUCAAAAUUUAUUAAAUCUGUUUUUGUUUGAUACAAACGAUAUUAAAAAUAAUAUACCGAAAGAGGAUUUAGAAUGGAUACCGGAGAAUAUAAGAAAUUGCGAGGAUCAAACGCCGAUUCAAAUAAAAUUGUUGUGUGGAGCAGAUCUUCUCGAAAGUUUUGGAAAGUCUGAUUUGUGGAUGGAGGAAGAUAUAGAUGCAAUAGUAGGUCAACAUGGACUCGUUGUCAUUACAAGAGAGGGCUCUAAUCCUAACAAGUUCAUAUAUGAUUCGGAUAUUCUUUCAAGACAUAUGAAUAAUAUUCAUAUCGUGACAGAAUGGAUUCCAAACGAAGUUAGUUCAAGUAGAAUAAGAAGAGCAUUCAAAAGAGGUGAAAGCGUAAGGUAUCUCCUUCAGGAUUCUGUCAUUGAUUAUGUCCACAAAAAUGGAAUUUAUAACACAAAUUCUACUACAACGACAAUUAAGUUGGACCUGACCUCGCCCAAUGCGAACGAUUACUUGACCAUUGAUCCCAAGUACCAAAGCACCUUCCUCACGCCGUCGCCUAGCGACGUUACCAUGGAAUCCCCGAGCCCGAUUGAAAUUAUAAGCAUCGAUGUUCCCGAUACCGUUCUGCGUAAAAACCUGCAGAACGCAACGAGCGCGGCCUUCGUCGCUUCCAGACAGUCGGGUCUCGAGGAGGCUCGUGAGAAAUUCAUUAACGCGAUCAGUGCUGAGAAUGUUAAUGCCAAGCACGUAACUUCUAGCACGAAGGCCGCGUAUCCAGGUCAAGCGAAACAAAUCAUUGCCACCGAAAGCGGUGAAUCGCAGAUCCUCGACGAGGUAGGUUCUGUUAACGAAGACAUUAGGGUCACGAGGGUUCCUAGCAAAGUAAACGAGACAUCUUCGAAUUCGUCAACUUUCGAGGAUGUUUCGAUGAAGGUCGAUCGAGUCGAAAGUGUAGGGCCUAGCGAUAAUAUAGAUAGGACGAAGAAAACGAAGAGUGAUAACAAAGUCGAUGCGAAUUCAGAACUCGAUGAUCACAGGGAAGACAAAAAUGUUCGUUUAUUGUCCGUGGAAGAGAAUGUAAAAUCUGGAAUAGAUCCACGAUUCGAGUGUGCACUUUCUGAUUUUACAAUUUCCAAAGAUGAUCACACGUAUAGUAAGUUGAUAAAUAAUGAUAAAGAUAACGAAGUGGUUGCAACUGUAAAGGAAGAUGUUCAAGAUGUACAAUCGAAGGUCGUAGAGGAUACUUCAAACGAUAUAGAGAAUGAUAGAAGAGAUAGUCAAUUGGAAGAGUCCAAUGCCGAGCAAUGCGUCGAUGAAAUAUUUUUGGACACUGCCAUGGAUGUGAAAAAAGAUAUCGAGGAAGAUAAUAAUGUUUUUCAAAGCGUUGAAUUGAGUCCAGCUGCUAGCACGAUCGAAGCUGUCUCUGUGAUAGAAAAUCUAGUUAUAAAGAAUCAGGAGAGUUGUGAAGGAAAGGAGGAGGAUAAGAAGAAAUUUAACGGUGACGAUCAAAUCGAAGAAAAGAUUCAGUCUUCGUCUAAACGUUCGUCUAAACGUGAUUCAAAUCUCGAAAUAGAUGGUAAGUACUUGAAGUCAGUGGUGAACUCUCGUAAAAGUCCGAGAAAAGUUAAAGACAGUCAACUACGGCAAUUCGAAUGCAUCUCACCUGUCGGACAAGAUCGUAUCGAUGUUUCUUUGAUCGAACAGAAGCCAGGAAGAGCGAGAUCAUUGAAAGCAAGUAAUUCGAGAAAAGGAACCAGCGACACGAGAGGACAAGAUGUAAAGAUGAGUACCCAACGAUACGACACAGUUUUAAAGGGUAGCUUAGAUUCGAUGAUCAAAGCUAACGAAUCCAAGACGACUUUAAGAAAAAAAACUGGAAAGAGCUCGAAGGAAACGUUUUCGAAGAAAUCAAAGAGUUACGAGUCGAUAAAAAGGAUUCAAGAGGUUUACUUAGGAGAACCUUCGAAGACGGAUAACAGUAUGUCUCAAACAUUGAUCUCAGCUGAAGAAUUCGAUUCUCAUACCGACGAAUUUUGUUCAGUAUGUUGUUACAUAAAUGAACUUACUAUGAGAACCGAUGAUGAGAUCAGUAGUCCGAAUCAAGAGAUAUUUUAUACGUUACGUUCAAAUUGUAGCUCGUUGGAGGACUCAACCGAAUGCGAUAUAUGUAGUUCAUGGAAUCUACAGAGUUCGAACGAGGUAUUGGAUCGUACGAUUUUAUCAACUACGAACAACGAAGAGUCCCUUUGCGAAAUUUGUGAGAUUUGUGGGGAGGUAGGUGAUAAUAUGGAGUUUCAGAAAGAGUCGAUGAUGUUACCUCGACAAGUCAAAGUUUAUCAAGACAAGCGAAUGUUAGAGGACGAUUAUAAAAUCUUGGACAAUACCACGAUUACCGACGUGUCCUUGGAUGAGGAUAGUUUUGAGAUCGAGAACUGUGGUUUGAUGAGUGGCACCGAAUCGAUGGACGAUCGAGGAUUUCUACAGAGCGAGGACGAGCCAAAGAGCAAUGAAAAAUUAACGUCGAUUAAGUCAAUGUAUUUGCGUGGUACAUCUUUGAAAACCCGAGAGAAAUAUUUUGUGCCUAAGGACGAACUCGCGAUACUUUCUAGUGGCUCGAGGAAGAUCACUCGUAAGGGAUCAUUGUUAAAAAAGAAACCGGACGAUCAUCAGAUCGUUGUCUCCCAGGACAAACGACGUUAUUCAUCAGCUGACAAUCUCCAACUAGCCAAGGUCUUUGCAACAAGGAACGACAAAUGUCUCAGGUCGUCGAAGUCUGGUAAAUCGACUGGUUCUGCCGACAAUAUAAGAUCGUCGAGAAACAGUUCGAGAAGAUGCAAGUCACUUCAAAGAUCUGUUGACAACGUACGAUAUUUGGACUCUUCCACGGACAAUUUAGACUCGUUAGCUGAGAGUCUUGGUCAAGAGGAUAACGAUGAUAGACCGUUCGAUUGGAACGAAAAGCCGAAGGUCAGGGAUAACGAGACUGUUAAAAUGAUACUCACUAAGCAUGGGAUCAAAAUCAUUAGCGAGAAGGAAACGGCUUUGUAAUCGAUCGGCUCAGUUGCAAUUAAUGUUACUCUAACGAACUGAAUCUUCGGUUUCUCGUUGGCUCCUUUUCGCUCGGUUCUUGUAUCAUCGGCUUUUGUGAUAAUCUAGGAUGUUACGUACACACACACACACACACACAUAGACACAGACAUUUACAUACACACACAUAUAUAUA